AUGCAAGGCAGGAAGUCUGGGGAUGUGUAUGCAGCAUAUGGAAUUGUUGUGGUGAACGUUGACGGCUCGCUGGUUCAGCAUCCUCUGACCUGCCUGGGUUCCUUCAACCGAGAGGAGGAGGGUUGGAGGAAAGGCGAUGACUGGGUGUGGCGGAGAGAUGGAGAGGAGGAUGAGGAGAUCCUAUGGAUGAUAGGUAAAGAGGAGAUUAAGAGGGGAAAUACCUUCCUUGUCAACCUGGAAGAGAGAACUGGAGGGGGGAUCUUUACAUGUCACAGCCUGGAUAGAACCCUCCUGAAGAAUACUACGGUGCUGGUCAAACACCUGGAUGAACAGAAACGCAUUCUAGAAGGAUCCACCAGAACAGGCUAUAUGAAAUGUUCUACACGGAACUACCAAGGAGACUUCCACUGCUCCUGGAAAUUUAGCACUAAACGGGUUGGGACCGUUAUGUCUGUCAGAGUGGCACGUGGCCUGUCUGAUGCGGAAAACGUCAACUGUUCUGUGGACGCCAGCGGACAGCAGUGGACAUGUUCCUCUUCGUCUGGCCAGAGUGACAUCAUGUGUUCUGUGCACAGUAGUGGACUGGGGGUGUCCUGUGUGGACAGACAGUAUUGUCCCUAUGCUGAGGAGACUGACCGGAUCACCCUGACCAUCUACAUGAAGACUAACUACCUGCUGGAGGAAUAUUCCCAAUCCUUCUACUUAUCAGAGAUAGUGAAGCCAGACAAGGUAUCCAUUAAGAAGGUGAACAGCAGUACUAUAGAGUGGAGCUAUCCUGUCUCCUGGAACAGCCCCAUCUCCUACUUCCCCCUCUCCUUCCAGGUCAAAGAGAUCAAAGACAGAGAGCGUAAGAACGGGUGCGCGUGUGAUUCUCCCUGCACAGAGUCCAAGGACCACACCACAGAGAGCAGCCAGUGGUCAGUAAAGGCCAAAGUGACGGUGUGUGUCAGGGCCCAGGAUGCCCUCUGUGACUCCCCCUGGAGCGACUGGACAGAGUACAGACACAGCAAAAAGCGAAACAAGAGGAGGAAGCAGGAGAAGCAGAAGAAGCAGGAGAAGCAGAAGAAGAGUGUGUCUCAAUAG